UCAAGUACCUUAUCCUUCCAAACGCCUCAAACAGAGACGACAUCGUUUGAAGUAGAAGACAAAUGACAGUGCAAAAAAAUCUCUUAUCAACAUGAGAAAACCAUCAAGCAACAAAAAGAAACACAAAAGCUAUCUCCUAGGUUAGAGCAAUGGCAGCUGUGAACUGCCACUUCUUCAAGCUAUCAAGACAUCUCAAACCCUCAAGGCCUUCCUUUUCCUGCUCGGCUUCUCAACCUUCACAAAACAACAUUAAGGUAAUCAUAAAUGGAGCUGCAAAGGAAAUAGGUAGAGCGGCUGUGAUUGCUGUGACUAAGGCCAGGGGAAUGGAGUUAGCUGGUGCUGUCGAUAACCGUUUUGUUGGCGAAGAUAUUGGCUUGCUGUGUGACAUGGAGGAGCCUUUAGAGAUACCCGUAGUGAGUGAUCUAACAAUGGUGUUAGGCUCAAUAUCUCAGGGAAAAGAAGUCGGAGUUGUGAUCGACUUUACAGACCUAUCAACAGUGUAUGAGAAUGUAAAACAGGCAACCGCAUUUGGGAUGAAGAGUGUGGUGUAUGUACCUCGGAUUAAGCCAGAGACAGUAUCUGCGUUGUCUGCACUAUGUGACAAGGCCACCAUGGGAUGCCUUGUAGCACCAACUCUAUCCAUAGGAUCUAUACUUCUCCAACAGGCUGUGAUCAUGGCCUCCUUCCACUACAACAAUGUAGAACUAGUGGAGUCAAGGCCUAAUGCAGCGGAUUUUCCUUCUCCAGAAGCUAUCCAAAUUGCAAACAACAUAUCAAAUCUUGGUCAGAUCUACAACAGAGAGGAUAGUUCAACUGAUGUUAAGGCAAGAGGUCAAGUGAUUGGAGAAGACGGGGUUCGUGUUCACAGUAUGGUUCUACCGGGACUACCAUCUAGUACACAAGUCUACUUCUCAAGUCCAGGAGAUGUUUACACUCUUAAACAUGACAUAAUUGACGUGAGGUCCCUAAUGCCUGGCCUACUCCUAGCUAUCAGAAAGGUGGUACGCCUCAAGAAUCUGGUUUAUGGCCUUGAGAAAUUCCUGUAAGAACUGAAGUGUUUCGCCAGUCACCAAUCAAGAUUCGGGUCAAAGAUUACAUUAUCAUGAACAGCUAAUGUCAUCCUGCAAGUCUUAUGAAGGAAAAAAACAUUAAACUUAAAGUUUAGAACUAGGAUGAUAUUUUGUUUCAUGAUACUACGAGAUUUCAUUUUUAAGGUGAGAAGACUAACAAAGUUGACUGAGAAAAGCAUUAUCCUAAGGAUUUUAUAUUAACAACUACUACAUUACUAAUAGCUUCACGGCCUGGACAAAAA